AAAAAAGUGAAAUGAAGUGAACACCAUUUUUUCUAAUUAUUUUGCUAAAUUAAAAUCUAUUUCUUUGAUUUCAUUAUUGUAUGUACAUUGUUUUGAAAUGGUUUUGUAUAUUUUUCAAAUUUCAUUUUUCAAACAAAGAUUAUUUAUCGUAUUUAUUAUUUGUCAGUCUUGUUUACUGCAGCAAUUUCAUUUUCGUGAUACAGCUGAAUUCGUACCACGUAUUGUGCAAGGAACUGCUGCGAAACUUGGAGACGUCCCUUUCCAGGUUGCGUUCAAGAAACGCAUUAGGGGCAAGUCCAUGUAUAGCACGUUUUGUGGCGGAAGCAUCAUCUCUAAUAAAAAAAUCGUAUCGGCCGCUCACUGUUUUCAGGAAUCGAGUUGGUUCAACUUCAAUUGUAAUCCUUUUAGCAGAGUGAAGAAAGUCAAGUCGUCUUUAUUACGGCAAGUAUUGGUUGUGGCUGCUAACCUCAAGAAUGACGCAAAACUAUCAGACAAUGAAGGCCAAUGGAGAAGAUUGUCCCACGGCGUAUAUCCCAGUGAUUAUAGAUUCCCCAGGGCAGAUAUAGCUGUUAUAGUUAUAGAAGGAUCGUUUGUAUUCAACAACCAUGUAAGUUCGAUACCGCUUGCGACGAGGCAUAUAGAGUAUAACAUGAAAUGCCAGGCUUCUGGAUACGGACGGUUGUCCACAUCUCAAAAUAUAAAAUCGCCCAUACUAUACUAUGCGAAUAUGGACAUAGUACCAACGAAUAUCUGCAAUGUUAUGCACAGAAGAAAUAUGAGACAUACUGUAUGUACAUCAAGUGUAGUACCCGAUACAGCUCAGGGUGAUUCUGGCGGCCCUUUAAUCUGCACGGGAACGGGAGACCCUGCCGAUAAAGGCCAAGGAAUUUUGGCUGGAGUCGUCAGCGGCCACCGCAUAGGAACAGGCUCUUUCUUCACCAGAGUAUCAUCUUACAAUCGCUUUAUAACAAGAAAUAGUGAUUUAAGCAGCGAAAUAAGACACAUUAAUUCGAUUCGGAAUGUAAUUUUGACAAUAUACGUGACAUUUUGCUUGUUUUGAUCUCGUUUUAUUUCG